AUGGCUAUGUCACACUCUUCAUGCUUCGCCACGUGCUCCCCGCUGCCCCUCCCCCCUUCUGCUGCCUCUCUUGACCCGUACCCACCCACUCAGGUGGUCUCCAUUCACGAUGGCUAUGUGACGCUCUUUGUGCCUCGCCUUGAUGUGCAAGGCCAGGUGCUCUUUCAGGACAAGGAUGGCAUGGCAGUGCUGCCUCACAAGCACACGGACUGGGAGGCAGAGCAGGCGGAGCAGCAGCAGUUCCGGCACCGCCUGCGCGUGAGGGUGGAGAGCAGCGAUGGCCGACGCGUGGCGCGGGAGAAUCUGGGGGUCACUGCUCGUGGAGGAGGAGGGGGCGGAAGGGGAGGAGGAGGGGGCGGAAGGGGAGGAGGAGGGGGCGGAAGGGGAGGAGGAGGGGGCGGAAGGGGAGGAGGAGGGGGCGGAAGGGGAGGAGGAGGGGGCGGAAGGGGAGGAGGAGGGGGCGGAAGGGGAGGAGGAGGGGGCGGAAGGGGAGGAGGAGGGGGCGGAAGGGGAGGAGGAGGGGGCGGAAGGGGAGGAGGAGGGGCGGAAGGGGAGGAGGAGGGGGCGGAAGGGGAGGAGGAGGGGGCGGAAGGGGAGGAGGAGGGGGCGGAAGGGGAGGAGGAGGGGGCGGAAGGGGAGGAGGAGGGGGCGGAAGGGGAGGAGGAGGGGGCGGAAGGGGAGGAGGAGGGGGCGGAAGGGGAGGAGGAGGGGGCGGAAGGGGAGGAGGAGGGGGCGGAAGGGGAGGAGGAGGGGGCGGAAGGGGAGGAGGAGGGGGCGGAAGGGGAGGAGGAGGGGGCGGAAGGGGAGGAGGAGGGGGCGGAAGGGGAGGAGGAGGGGGCGGAAGGGGAGGAGGAGGGGGCGGAAGGGGAGGAGGAGGGGGCGGAAGGGGAGGAGGAGGGGGCGGAAGGGGAGGAGGAGGGGGCGGAAGGGGAGGAGGAGGGGGCGGAAGGGGAGGAGGAGGGGGCGGAAGGGGAGGAGGAGGGGGCGGAAGGGGAGGAGGAGGGGGCGGAAGGGGAGGAGGAGGGGGCGGAAGGGGAGGAGGAGGGGGCGGAAGGGGAGGAGGAGGGGGCGGAAGGGGAGGAGGAGGGGGCGGAAGGGGAGGAGGAGGGGGCGGAAGGGGAGGAGGUGUGGUGUGGUGUGGAUUUCCAGCAGGGCUUUUCAGUUGUCGAGUACUGGCUCUUUCAGACCCUCUGGGUCCAGCUGUCAGCUUCAGGCUCCAUCGCUCGCUUCCCCACCCUUAAGAUGGAGAUACUAGCAGACGCUCACCCCUCAGCCGUUGCAGCGAAUCUCAAGAGCCAGUCAGAGGCUGCCAGCUCAGCUCCGCAAGGGCUGAUGGGUGACGAUGAGGGGGGGAGUGGAGAGGGGGCAGAGGAGCCCACCGUUUCUCACUCUCACUUUGGGCCCUGGAGAGACGAAGAGGAAGAGGGGGAAGAGGGGGAGGAGGGAGUUGACGGGGACAAAGGAGGGAAAAUGCAGAGGAGGGAGAAGCUGGGGAAGGGGUUUCAAGGAGUUGGAGAUAAAGAGAUCUUGACGCAAGGGUCAGUGUUUCCAGGAAAGAGGCUUGCGGAUGAGUAUUUUCCAGUAGAUGUGGAUUUUGAGGCGGAUGCUGCUGCCGCUGCCACUGCCGCUGCUGUGGCUGCCGCUGUGGUGGCCGGGGAGGGGGACGAGGAGGAGGAGGCUGAGGAGAGAGGGGCUGUAGGGAUCGGAAGGGGAGACGAGUGGGUGGGACAGAAGGGAGGAGUGAAGGGGGGACUGAGAGGGAAGAGUGGGAAGAAGGGUAUGGCAGGUGCAGGUGAGGAGGGAGAGGAGGUUGCUGGGAGUGCGGAUGGGGGGAGAGGAGUGAGUGGGCGGCGGGUGAUUGGGAGGCUUGCUGCGGCGGAAGCUAGCAGCGGCAGCAGCACUGCCGAUGAGGGCGGUAGCGGCAAGAACACAGCUACCACUGGUGGCGGCAGCGACAGGACUGCAGCCAGCAGUGGUGGUGCUGCUGCUGGUGGUGGUCAGCUGGAUGCGUUUCGUGGGCGGUGUGGAGUGCACGAUCUCAUGGAGGCCAUGCGAGCGCUGCACAUGGCAGGAGACUCUACCAGCAUGGUCUUCUCCCCAACCGAUGUUGCCUCCUCUCUCUCCCAAACACAGCCUCCUCAAGGCCCUACCUCAUCUUCCUCCUCCAAUCCUCUUCCUUUGCCGCCCGGCGUCUCCAUAAGUGCCACCCUGCCACUGUCGUUGGACGAGGAGGUGAAUACAGGUGGUAGCUCGACCAUGCGAAGGAAUCAGUUGCUGGUGAGCUUGCGUUGA